AUGAUCUGGACUUCGAGGGGCACCCAGAUGUUGCUCGCCGGAGGGUUCCGUUUCUCCAGGGAUCGUGUGAUGGGUUGCAAAACCAGAUGGCAGUGCACAACAAAGUCCCGGACUAAAUUGCCGAUAUUCGGUAUGACGAAAUCUGGAAAUCCGGUUAUUAUGGUGGGGCCGUACCGGUUCAACAAGGUGAACCGGUGUAAGGGUCCAAAAGUGCGAUGGACCUGCGUGAAGACCCCGUCCGGAUGCCGCGCCUCGAUAACCACUGUCGAUGACGUCAUCAUCCGGACACAAAACGAGCACAAUCAU